AUGGACGAAAGUGGGGCCGAAGAUGAAAAUAAAGACGAUGCAACAUUUGAGGAUAGUGCCGCGAAAAUGCACCAAUUGGCCCAGCACCUGGAGACGCUACUUGUCGUGGGGAAUAGUAGGCACCACCGCCAGGGGGUCGCAGCACUCGCAGCGGAAAAUGUGAAUGACCGCAACUACAUCAAGAUGCGAGAAAAAGCACCUGGAGCCGCGGGUCGCGCGGCGUCGCCCACCGAGCAGAACAAGAGGCAGCAGGAGGAUGAGAAAAAUAAAGCACCAACACCGACGGUGAGCAGCAGUUGUCCACCAGAUGCUGGAUCCCAGCACCAGCACAAAAGAGAACGAGAGCAAAGACAAGGGUCGAAAAGUGGCGUAAGACCUCCCUCGGCAAAAAAGACGCAUCGUCGCACGGCGUACCAAACCCCUGCAACUUCACCCAAGAGUGGCGCUGCGGAAGCACGAGGACCAGAUGAGACGCACGGACCGCGACCUCAAGGUCAAGGGAGUAAUUCUGUUGGCGCUGGUGCUGCCGAAACUUUUGUUGAAAAGGAUCAUCCACCUGGUGCAGAAGUAGUUGUAGAUCGGCCCCUUGGUGGUGCUGGUCGUGCACGUGAAGAACCUUCGCGCCAGCCAGGUCACGCAGAGCGAGUAGAACCUCCUGCAGCUGCACCGGUUUGGGCGUACACUCCGGGGCAAGCCAGCUCUAGCGGGUUAGGCGCAGAAGAACGACAGCAAGGGCCGCGAAUUGUGCAAGAACAUCAUGCUGUUGAUCACUUUUACAAUACACUGCAGACAACUGGACGAGCCAAUGAAAGCAACUCUUCGGGAGUAGGACCUCCUACUUCCAAAAGUAGACGACCCCUAACAGCAGGAGGCGCACCAGGCGGAGCGCCGCGCAUGAGCAUGGAUGCCUCCCCUACCGGCGCGUCGGUCGAGGUUGAGGACCGAGCGGAGUCGGAGGAUGUUGUGGCUGAUCUUGCGUUGCAAAUGCGAAUUACUGGUAUGUUUGAUCAUCAUCAUGAUGGUAGUACUCCGGGACAAGAACAUCAUCAAGUCGUGACCGAAAAAUUUACAACUUCCGGAAGUAGUUGUCACACGACAAACGAUGGAAGUGACAACUCGCAGCGACCGCGGCAGUUCACGCAAAAUGACAAGCGCAGUUUGUAUGGAAUCGGUAGUGCUGCUUCACAUCAUCAUCAUGGUGCAGUUCUUUAUUCCCACCCGUCGUCAUCGCCCCCGACCGCAGAAGACAACGAGCAGCACCAGCAGGCCGCCGCGGCCAGGAAGAGCAUCGAUGAGCUGAUGAUGCAAGUCCCGACCGCCGCAUACGGAGGCAUCGGCGUUGGGUCACCCUUGACUGCAGUGCGUGCGGGGAAACGGCGCACGAGUGCUGGUACCAGUGGAAGUUCAAACGACCACGACGUGAGGACUGGCACAGGGGCGGGGGCGGGUUCAGGCGCAAGAAGUAGAACUGCUUCCAAGUCGAGCUCCUCGAAAUUCCACUCUACGCAGGGGCAGAGUGGAAAGAUGUUUCAAACUGGUGCUGACGUGGGAUCGUUAUCGUCUUCUCCAUCUGCCACGGUCGGCGUACCAGGAUCAGGAAUAGGAAUUGGAGUUCCAGUACAACAUCAAGCGUCCAACACGAGGACCACAGCACUAGUCACAGCCGCGACGAGAGCCGGGACGCAGACCAUUACAGAGGACAUCACUAGUUUCCUUCAUCAGGGCGGCCAUAAUAAUCCCGAGCACAGUUCUUCUGAAGAAGGGGAUCAACAACAAGAUUUAGAGGCGUUUGCUGGGAACAAUGGAGGAGUAGAUGCUGGUGACGAAGACCAGUCUGGCACAGUUAUGUCAGCAUCAGGAUCAUCGUCCGCAAUUAUAAAUACUGCAUCUGCAUCUCUUUCUCUCUCCGGUAAGUCGGUUGUUCAACAUGAUCCUACAAGGCAUACGACUACGAGCAGUAAUCUUCAGCACCCCGACGCGAAGCCUAUCGGGUUGAUCAUAAACGAAUUGGUUGACAGCAAGAAGGCAAACGCGUUCAUUAUGCAUUGCAAAAGUAUCGUAGCUAUGUAGUGCUGACGGUAAUCUUCGCAAUCAUGCACGACAAAUUCUCAUCGUGAGCUAUAAAUGCCAAUGCGCAUUACAUCAAAGUUUAUUUCUCAUGCUGAGACCACUACACCAGUGCGAUACUUGUUUGCACAGGAUAUUUAUUGAGCAGCAGCAGCACCUGUUGCAAGAUCAUCAUCUUCAGCAAGGGAAAAAUCUUGUCGCUGACACAGGGUCCACCUCCACCUACCACGGCACCAGCGAGCCUGCCGCUCCGCACCACGAAGAAGAUCUUCAGGCCAGGAGCAGGGAAAUAAAGGAUCACGACAAAGAACUUCGCAAAAAAGACAAGAAGGAAAAAAAGCUGAAGAAGGAGCAGAGGCGGUUAGAGAAGAAAGAGAAGAAACGGCUUAAAGGAGAACAGGACACUUCUGAAGACAAGUUGCGUGAAGGAACUUCUGUGCUUGCCGGGGGAGAGACUGACCCUGACGGUUCCAGAAAUGCACCACGACCGGAAGGCGAGAUUCUGGUGCGUUCACCGCAACCAGGUACAACGACUAAGACAGGCGGCCAAGAACAAUUCUCAAGUGGUCCACCCUCUGCGCGUAGCUCGCGCUUUUCUUCGUCGUACGACUGCAAGCCAAAAAGUCCGGCUGCAAAUAGUUGUGCAGCAGCAGCAGCUGGUGCACGACCGACUAAAGUCGACUUGGGGCCGAGUUGGACAACCGGCACCACGAACCAGUUUACUUGCUCACGGGCCGCAAGUAAAACACGGAGCAACUGCAACCAAGCCGCUGGACAGGGAUUCCACGCCGGUGGAAUUACAUCAAAAAGAGAUGAUUUAGCACCUGACCCGCCUACGGGAGAAACAAUGAGGACCAUCUCGAUGCGUGCAACGCACCCGUCGAUGGGAUUUCGACAGCAAUUGAACCCCGCCAGUGUUGCGACCGCGGACAGCACAAGCCCCAGCAAGGACUUGCCGGAGUAUCAGCCCCGGCCAAGGAGAACAGCGACUCCGCGAGGAACAGGAAGUGCGGCUGGUAGUUCGACGGCCCGCGAUUUGAUGAUGCUGCGCAUGCAGCGCGAUGGAACGAUAAAUACCGGGAUGAACACCGGUGCUGUAGAUCCCGAUCUGGCGGACGCGAAGGCGCCUGCUGCAGUGUCGGGACCAGUCCCCGCGCCCCCGUACGAAGUGGUACAACCGUUAGAAGCAAUAGCAGCCGAAGCCGCCGAUGCAGCCUUCGUGCAACCAGCUGCCCCUCCACCUCCCGACGGUAGUACGCGGACUGCGUCCAGCACACUGAUCGGCACAACUACAGGCAGCUCCAGUGGAGACGACAGCACGUCGUCGCAGAUCGAUCCGCGUGCUGAAAAUUUGAAUCCCCUCGAACUGGCCACUACAAUCAAGGAGAUGGAGCAGCAGCUCAUAUCUACUGCGGGUUCGACCCCGUCCAGUGCGGGGACCAGGAGCAGGCCCUAUAUGCGGCCCUCCGCCAGCGGAAUUUUUAAGGUGAUUGCAUCUUCGGGCGCGGCCAAUGCCGGUUUACUUGAAAAUCAAGGACGAGAGGGAGAUGAGUCUGGGAGCGGAACUGCGGUUGCGCAAGAGCAGGACAUCACAAAGUUGGAGCAACAGGAUCUUCCGGAGAAACAAGAGAACUCACGACCUUUUGAAGGUGCGACGAACCGUCAGCAUCCUCUUCCUGAUGUUUCGGCCCCAUUGUCACCUAGUAGAGCUGUUGGUGGGGAAAAAACUUCACCUAGCAUGGCUGUGCCAGCUACUGGGUCGUCGUCCCCCACCUCCUCACCAAGCUCUAAAUUCGCGCCUUCGAUGCCCAAGUUCCGGUGCCCCGAGUCUCCGCGGCAGAUGGGAGCGAAUGGGCGUCCCCGCACCCGCCCACUGCCCAUCGACCAAAAAGUGUUGGUUUUUCCGGAGGAUGUCAGUAGUACCACUGUAGCAGCCAGCGUACCGACGCCGCCACCGCCACCGACGGGCAGUAAAAGUCUUCAUGAAAGUAUAAGCCCAAAUGGUCCCUGGCCUGAGGACUUAGUGCCUCCUGAAGCAGCGCACGAACAUGCAGACUACACGUGGAUGUGGAAUGAAAAUGCAGGGCCAUCUCCACCGACGCAUUUAUCCCAGCCUGGUGCCGCAGCGUCAAGGACGAAUCAUCAUCAUGCUGCUGCAAUUGAAUCUGAUGAAGCUGAACCUGCUCAGCCGAGCCAGCAACUGCAUCAGGAAGUAGGAGGGCCGUGGCGGCCAUGCGCACCGCCACCUGAAACUCAAUAAAAUAAAGGCGUCUGCAAGAAAAGCCGCAGCCCCUGGCAGGCUGCUCAGUUGAUACACUUAAACGUAGCCUUGCAUUUCUUGUUUCCAACUGCCACAAAUUUGGCAGUGGCGAGGCUGAUUUUCACCAGUGUCUUUCUACGCUUUUUAGAGAUAGUUUCUUUUUUUGGAAAAGUUUGAGCAAAAGGGCUCGACAAAUCCAGUUCGUUCUGGCUUCAUGAUUUCUGAUCGGAGUACGAGUACCGAAUAUUCAUACACGUUCAUAUGAUCAACAAGAACUGUUUUUCUUGCUUGCUAUGCGUGGCUACGUCUAAGUUGUCAUGGGCAUAAACAAUAAAAAUAAGAUCUCUUGAGCUUACAAGGUAGACUGUUACUUUUUUUUCAUGAUGACAAAACUUAAACUACAACUAACUACGCACAAAAUUGUGCCAUAUUUAUCAGUACUGUACUCACUAGCGCGGAAAAAUGUGCCACUAUGUCUUUUUUGCAUUAUUCCUACCGCGUUUUAUAUCUAUGGCUUGAGCUGCAUUUGCUUUUUCAACUUGGUUUGUUGAUAAUGUCUCUGUACGAUUACAACUUCUGGCACCACUGGAGUAAAUACCUUGAUUGAUGAUACUUCUCCCUCACGAGUUCGACCCUGACGUCUUGUUCACCAAUACUACCAAAUCACAGAAAAUGAAAAACUACGUACAGAAAACAUAUAUAAAACACGAAAGCCGUUUUUCAGACUGAAAAGCCUGAGGUGGAAGUGGAGGGAGCAAGCAUCCUUUCACUUUCUAUAAUCAUCUCUCCAUUUCUUCAUUUCUCCACUACCACUCCUGCCGAUAUUAUCCUCACAUAGGCGUUGAUAGCAGGAGAAAUUCAUACCAUCAUGCCAUUUAUUGUCUUGAAGAUGGUGGUCAUGCCUAUGGUCUUGUCGUGAGGCGACGCAAUUGACAUCAAUCUCGUCUACCAUACAAUCUUUUUUCGAUAAUUACGAUUUCGUAAAUUAACUAUGUUGUAUUUCUACAGUUUUGGAUAUGUGCAGGUAAGUAUUUGUAAAUUAGAUCGUGUGGCGGUUCGAUCUGGGUCGCCUCACUUUCAGAUUGGAGGUCCGCGAAACCCAAAGACAAAGAAAGUUGCAAAGCUUCAGCCGGAUUACGGUUAUGAAGGUUUGUAGAUGUAGCAAGCUGUGCAUUACUUUGUUGUUAUGUGCUGUUGUUUAGAAGUAAUACCCCUGCGCGGGUACAACAACAUCUGUAGACAUAAAUCCUAAGGUGGGUGGAUGAUUAU